AUGCAAAGCGUCGGCCUGGAGUCAGACCCUGUGGAGGCAAUCGGGGGGGCCCUACCGGACGGGGCUUGCCAGGGGGGGGCCGAUGUGAGUGGUGGUGUGAGUGGUGACGUGAGUGGUGACGUGAGUGGUGACGUGAGUGGUGAUGUGAGUGGUGACGUGAGUGGUGACGUUAGUGGUGACGUGAGUGGUGACGUGAGUGGUGACGUGAGUGGUGACGUGGGUGGUGACGUGGGUGGUGACGUGAGUGGCGAUGUGAGUGGCGAUGUGAGUGGCGAUGUGAGUGGUGACGUGAGUGGUGACGUGAAUGGUGACGUUAGUGGCGAUGUGAGUGCCAAUCUGAGUGGCGAUUCAAGGUCUGAUGCCCGUGCCCAUACCCCUGCGGGUGGAGCUCCCCUCGAGACGGAAGCCCCAGCGGAGGAAACCCCCCCACACGAGGAAGAGGAGACGACCCACAACGGAGAAGAGGAGACAACCCACAACGGAGAAGCAGACAGGUGCAAACAAGUAAAGAUAAAGAGCGAACCAGUCAUCCUGAUAGACAAAGUAGAACGAUGUCUAGUAGUCGAAUGGUAUGAAAAUGAAAUAAGAAGAGAACAAAGAAUCUCAUAUAAAAAAUAUGGAAAUGAUAAAGCAAAAUUAAGAGCAAAAGAAUUGAUAGAAAAAAUAAAAGCAGGUAUUACAUUUGAACAGUUAUACCCAGACAAAGGACCACCCAUCGUUCGAGUGUAUAAAGACGUAGGAAUAUAUGGAGUAUCUUUGAUAAGGGAUAGAAUUGAGAGAGAAUGGAGAGUUGAAUGGACAGACAAUGAAACGCAAAUGAAAGCUAGAUGGUCAUGUAAAAAGGUAGGGAAUGAUGAAGCACAAAAGAGAGCAGAAGCAUUUGCACAAAGUAUGAUCGAAGGAGUUUUUAAUCCUAUUCUGUUACAUAAAGCUACAGGGACAAGAUUCUCAAGAUCAGAAAAAACGGUUGUUAAGAUAAACGUAUAUAUGAAAAAAAACGUGAGGAGAAAAAAUAAGUGCAAGAUUCUCAGGGGGGGAGGAGAUAAGUCUCCUUUAAUUAUAGGAAAAGGAAUUAAAGAUGGAUUAAGGAAAGGAAAACUGAAGCAUUCGAGUGAUACUGUUAAUGACUCACUUGUGGAAGGAUCGGACAUGCUUAAUAGGAGUCAGACUUACAAUGCAAAAAUAUCGAGUAAUCCUUUUAUUCAAAAUGAGAAUGCCACGUUGGAUGGAAGGACAGAUGCUAAUUAUGUGAGGAGCAUCGAAGGGGGGGAAACCAACAUGGCUUUGCCUGAGGGUAGUUACCUUUUGAGUGAGUAUCAUCUCGGGGUGAACCCUAAGCGAGGGGGAGGAAUGGCUGGGAAGAAAAGGCAUUAUAAGCCUAGGGGAAAAAGCGCGAAAGGGGAGAGGAUAAAGAAGACACCAAAGGAGGGUUCAAAAUUGAGGGGGAAAAUGGCACACCGGGUAAAGGACAUGAUGAGGGGUGCAAUGGGUGAUCCUAUGGAGGAUCGUUUGGCAGAUCAAGGCACAGCUGCUCAAACAAAUGGCCCAGCAGAACUAGAUCUAUUCAGUUGCUGUGCAGAAUUGGGCAAUGUAGACCCCCCUCCUUUCUCAUCCAACAGUAAUCACCUGAAGAAUGAUCCAGAAAUGUGCAAUCCAUUAUCCAUGCCAUACAGCGACAAUGGGGGAGGUAUGUUGAACUGUAAAAAUGGGACCCUAGAAAAUGGUGGAAUGACGAGCAACUACUUUGUCCCCUGUGAGCAGUACGAAGGUUAUCGGACGGGGAGUUUUAUGGCCAAGGGGGGGGACUACCCCUCUAGGUAUGCAUAUGCAACGAAGAGUGCUGCCCACGCGGCUUACGUGAACCACGGCGUGGAACAUGGGGCUCUGCAUUAUGUUGAUGAGCGUUAUGGGGCUCUGCGCUGUGGCGAUGAGCGUUAUGAAAGAAAAAAACGAAAGCGAAGCACGAAUAGGAACUUCAAAGGGGAGGACUUCCUACUCGAUGAGGAGUUGAGUAAAUAUUUUUCUACAUAUCAGAAGAUUCAGUUAAGGAAAAACCAAAAGGCCCUGAGGAAUGAGCCGGAUGGAGUUAUGGGCCAUGUUGUGGGUGACUCCAUGGGAGUGUGCAGGGGAAGGCGUUAUAAUCACAUCGCCGGGGACAUGCAGGGGGGUGGUGCGCAAUUGAGAGCCGUUAAUCAGCAAAGAUUUGAGGCAGGACAAGAAGGCACCUACGGACAUGGUGACGUGGUACCCACCGUGAAAAGGAGCACCAGUGUCGAUGCUAACAAAAACGAUAAUGUACUAAUGAACGGCAGCGUGAUCCCCCUUGAUAAUGCAGCGGAGGACCUCCUGAGGGCAGAACCUCCUACCAAACCUCGGAGACGAACGAAGCAUUGCAAAUUGAGUCGAGCUAGCCAAAGUGCUUUAAACAGGGUAGACACGAUUAGCCAAAAGGAGGAUUCAGUUUUUUAUGAUGAUAGAAAUGUCAUGAGGGCGUCUUAUAGGAUGUACAAGGCACAUGGGAAGAGAGACGACUCUGCGUAUGGUGGGUUCGGAUCGUAUACGGUGGGAAACCUGGGUGGUAUGCUUGUCAGGGACUCUGGUUUUGCCCCCAAAUCGAGCCAAAACAAUGAGGGCAGCGGUGGUGACGUGCUGAAUGACAACGUGGGAGGGGGAUCAUCUACAGGUGGUCUUCAUCCAAGCGGUGUGAAUUACGGGGCGGAGCCCCACGCAGAGCAGCAAGGAAACGUCAUAGCGAACUUUGAUGAGAAUAGCGGAGUGGACAAAGGGGAGAACGUCGGAGGAAACGUCGGAGGAAACGUCGGAGGAAACGUCGGAGCGAACGGUGGAGCAAAGGCCAGAGAGAACGACGGAGCAAACGACGGAGGUGAACCGGUGGAUCCCUCUCGUAGUGACUUGGCCGAAGGGAAGACUCACCUAAUGAACCUAAGAAGGGCGAGAAGGAGAAGCACCCCAGUGAGUAGGGACCAGCCAAAUGAAAUACAUCGCAAGAAAGACAAUUUAAAUUGCUCUCUCGUGAGAAACAACAUAAUCGAGUUUGUAGAUAAUCCAAGAGGGUACAGAGUACCAUACGAAUAUCAGUCACGAGUAUUUUAUGAGCAUUUCGAGGUACCACUAAAUUCAGAAAAAGAAUUUGAGUUACAGCAGAGGUACUUUGCUCGCCUGUUCUCUUUGCACAUUUUAGCUGUUGGAUGGAAUACUAACAAGAAUGCCCGCGUGGAGGACUACAUGCAGGAGUUGUCCGACCCUGCCUUUGGAUUUCUCACCAUGGGUGGAAUGAGCAGCCCUGGGGAUGUCCCAAAUCAUGAUGGGUCUCCUGCUAGUGAGAAGAACAGACUGAGUGGCGAACGGGAAGGAACCUUGGGAGAGCUGAAUCGCGUCGAAUUACAGAACGGGGGAUUCAUUACGUCUAAUAAGUUGCCAAAUGAGCAGAGGGGUGAAAACUAUUGCUACUUCAACUCCGUGGGUGAUGGCACCUCGGGGGUUAAUGAGGAUGGGUCCAUGCUCAACGUUGCCCUAAAUGAAGCGCACCACUUGAUUUCGCCGGGGGAAGAAAUAAGUGGAGGCAACAUACCAGGUGAGGUACCUGACCUGGGUGGGGAAGUUAAUUUGGAUAAAAUGAAUAACUGCCACGGGGCCAGUAACGUGAGACGCUUCAAUGAGCUGGGCGAGGUAAAUCAUUUCGGACCACCAAUUGGGGAGCAAGAGGUGGGAGACAUGAGCAAGUAUGAGUGUGCGCAUCUCAUGAGUGGUCUAAAUGAUGGGCGCGGUGUUGGCAGCGUUGGCGAUUUUGGCGGUUUUGGCCCUCUUGCCGGUUUUGGCCCUCUUGCCGGUCAUGGCUGUAUUGGCGGAAUGCUGAACGCGAACGCGCUUGGCGACAUCCAUGGCUAUGCGUGCACGGAGGGUGUCAGUGGCAUGGGUGGGCCAUACGACACGUGCAUGAUGAGCAACAUAAACGGCGCCACACUGGGAGUUGAUUACCGAUUGGGUAAUUACCAGGGUAGUAACGACUUGGGGUCUGUGAAUGGGAAAGACGCCGCGGCAUGCUUGAACGGGACGGACAACAACCCGAACGGAGUAUGCGUCAGCUCAGGAGAAGGAAUGAACGAAGUAAGCGGGGUCAAUGCAGAAGGUCUUAUGCUUCCGAAUGUGAAUUAUCCUAAGGGAUUGAACCCAACGCAUCUACAUGGAAAACAUAUUAUGAACCUGAGCCCAACGCAUCUACAUGAGAAACAUAUUAUGAACCUGAACCCAAAUAUGCACAGCAGUGUUAGUGUGAUUUAUGACCAGGAGGGGAAGGGAAAUUUAGAAUACGUGCAGAGUUACAUGCACAAUGUGAACCCUGUGAGCAUGAGCAGCGUGAACCCUGUGAGCAUGAGCAAUGUUAACCCUUUGAAUAUGAACAAGGUGAACCCCUUGAACAUGAGCAACGUAGAUGAAGGUUCCUCCUAUGAACAUCCGUUAAGUAGGGGAAGCACUUUGCCGUUCCACAAGGAGGUGACUGUGGUGAGUGGCGCUCCAUGGGAAGGGAGAGAAGGGAACGAAGCCGCAUUUGAUGCAGUGAACACUGAAAUAGUUAACCAUUACAACAGUUUCAUUGACCGAACGAGUCAUGGAGUCCCCAUGGUGGGUGCCAAAGGAGAAGAAGAGAGCUACCCCAAUCUACAGAGUACCAUGGGAAAAACUAGCGAGUUAGACGCGUUAGACGCGUUAGCAGCAUGUGGGAGGGAAGACAGCCCUUACGGUGUAGGAAGCGUUGAGUAUGAUGAACUACAAGUUGGAGGAAGGAGGGACAUUGACAAUAGAGGGCAGUGCUCACUUGGAGAUACUUCAUAUGUAGAGGGUGCCGACUCAUGUGUGCGAAACGGAGAGGUGUUUGAUAUGGUUAGAGAGGUGCAGUAUGGGGAAGGAGAUCAAAUUCCCUUGAGGCAAGUCCCCACCAAUGAGUAUGAUCUCGUGACGAUUGGAGAAAAGGAGGUACAGUCCCAAAGAAUGGGAUACAUGAGUUCGCCUUACGAAAGGGGAGAUGGGAACAACGGCGAUAAGUUAGGCUCGGAGGUGCUAGAAGAAAAUGUAGAGGUUACGGGAAAAGGAGACUACCUCUACUAUAACGGAUAUGCCAAUGCACACAAUGGCAUCGGGAUAUCAGAGCGAGACAUGCACAACUGUGUUGAAGGAGUCAAUUACAAUAUCGUUGCUAAGUCAAAUGACGACUGUAGGAGUGGUAGCCCACACGGAAAUGGCGAGUACUCCAUGCACGACAAGGCGCACUACGAAUUUGGACACAUGAUUCAGGUGCUUCCAAGUUAUGAGCACUUGGAACGGGAAGGAAGCUAUCAGGAUAACGUUGUGGAUAGGCAAGCACAGUCUCAGUUUGAUGAUGCGCAUUAUCGGUUCGGCGUGUGCAGUGGGGGGGCUCAUCCGUCCACAGGAGAGGUGGUUCCAGGCCAGCAGCACACGGAUGAGCUGAGCAGGAACGGCAGUCACAGCGGCAGUCAUAGCGGCAGUCAUAACGGUAGUCAUAGCGGACGUCACAACGGCAGUCAUAACGGCACUCACAACGGCAGCCAUAGCGGCAGUCAUAGCGGCAGCCAUAGCGGCAGUCAUAGCGGCAGUCAUAGCGGCAGUCAUAGCGGCAGUCAUAGCGGCAGUCAUAGCGGCAGCCAAAACGGCAACCAUAAUACAACUCCAAAGAGUUACGACGACGUGGCAUACAACAGCUACUUUAAGAAGGCCAACCUGACCUCCACAUCCAUUUCCACCCCCAUGACGAACAUGAAGGAUAUGAACAACUAUGAAUAUUUCGCUAGCAGGAAAAUGAUCGACAAGCUAAGGUCCACUUCAAAUUCGAGUACCAUAAACACGGAGUACCUCCCGAGUAACCUUUUAAAUUCUAUAAGCAUGAACAACUUACGUCUUUCCAAUAAUGUGAAUGAACAGGUGCAGAAGUAG